UCUUUCUAAUAUCAAACAAAACGACAGAAUGUUAUGCUUAUUCACAACCUUAUCUAAUCUUCGUCACUAUACUCAUCGUCUUGUGAAUCAGAGAAACGUGAAUCUGUAUUGUCACACAUUUCUUCACAUCCUUCACAUUUGCACAUCAGAGUACAAACCAUUCCAGCUGCAUAACAUGAGCAGUUACCUCAGCAACGGCUGGUAUCACACAUACAUCUCACAAGUUCCAAAAUAGCUUCGGGUGCAGGCUUCAUGUCUGUGAUAACAGGUGAAAAUUGGCUACCCUUCAGAAUCCAGUCAUAGUUUGUGGGGUCAGGCAAAUCAAUUAACACCUUGCCGUCAUGUCACUAGACCAUUGCUUGGAAAUGGGGUCGUAACACAUGUUGUUUCAGCGCUGCUUUACUAGGGGGGAGUUUUUCCGCUUCCGCCUGCUAUUGCUUGAACAUAUGUCAGCGAACUUUGCCAAAAUCGGGUAGUUUAGAGUUCGGCAGGAACAGACGGCAAACAUACUCUUCAAGACACUAAUAGUUCUUCGUCUGGUUGUGGUGUCUUCCCUAGCCUGCUCAAAGCAUGAAGCACUCUCAUUGGUAGCUUGCAUAAUGCUUUCCAGCAUGCCAGCUUUCCUUUCCCGGAAAAUCUUCCUGCGGUGUCAAGCCAGCGAAACAGUGAAAGCCUGGUAGCACAUUUACCACAUCCGCUCCAAGUCUUUGAUAAAUUGGUUGCAAUUGUGUGACUUUUGUAUUUUCCCCUUUCCCGGUGAUAAUGCAGGUGUCUUUUCCAAGUUCAGGAAACCUUCUGGCUUUUGAUGGCUAGAAUGAACACGUCUGUGUCAGGCGACAAGAUGUGAAUUGUGGCGUUAGACUUAGCAGCAUCAAGCGCAUGAAGAAGUAAGAUUGUGUGGACUUCCUCGUGAUUGCUUGACAGGUGACUGACAUCAGAGUUGUUUGAAAAUGCUCCUCUGGUUGAGACAAUACAGGUCUUGACAUUAGACAUAUAAUGCUCAAUCAGUUUCAAUACUUUCGUACAUUGAAUUGCGCAAUUAUUUUCUUUGUGAUUUUCCAGGCCUAAGCGAGUGAAAAUGUAUACGGUAGAUCGCUUUUAGGUACUUGAAACAUAAGCUGGGAUGGCACCAAGAUUUUUUUUAUUCCUGAACACCUGUGAAAACAGAAAAACCUUGGUGCAAAAAAUUAUCACGAGUUUUUUUAAACAGAAAAGUAAAUCGCUACAUAUGCGCCUACACUAUUGUGUUGUUCAGAUCAAUACAGGUAAAAAGGUCAAAGUAACAACACACGUAGGUAAAUAGAGCUUCAAUUUGAAUGUUGACUUGAAAAUUAUUAUUGCUUGCCAGAUUUAAUGGCUAGCAGGCUAUGCAAAUUAAAAAGAAUGGUUUUCACUGUACUAUUUUUAGUGUUUCAUGCAGCUCUGCUGAAGUGCAGAGAGCCUCAAACCUAAAAAAUAGUCGCUAAUCCCUAAUCUAAUAAUGGUUGUUGUAUCAAACACGAGUGCUACUCCUUCUCAAUCGGUAAGCUCACAUGUUUAUUGUGCAUUUCCUACCAUAACACAUACCCAAAUUGUGUUUUUAUUGUUUUUAGUUCAAAAAUUAAACAAUUGAUUUUGAGAAAUCGCCGCAAUGGAAUAUCAAAGCAGUGUCGCAAGCUUUGUCGAGUCCUCAGCUGCGGAACGUCGUCGAGGAUGUAAGAAGUUCAACAGCCGAAAAUUCACCAGUGAGCUCCGAAGCGCCAUAAUCUAGUGUGGCUAUUGUGCGAUCGGUUGCUUCUUCAGCAAGAGAGAAACUCAACCGUUUAUUUCCAACAAUCAGGGCCAAUUCGCCAGCCCGCCAGAGUUGUGUUCAGUCGCCAAGCACUAAUUCAAGAAAGCAAAGAUAUUCCUCUAUCGAUCCAAAUUUUUAUAGAGACAUAAUACUUCUAAAAUCACCAAGAACAGUUUCGACACUUAAUGGUGUACAAAAAGCUGCAGCGUACGAAGCAAGCUUGGCUUUUUCCGGUGCCAAAUUCUACAGACUGGAGCAAUUCAGAAAUUAUGGUAGCUAUCAAAGAGCUGUUUCAGCACAUGCUGAAUGACAUAGAGUUUGAAAUAUUAGUAUCCAUGAAUAGACAUUUAAUCAAAAUCAAUCUUCCACCUGGUAUUGUAUUUGAUGGCAAAGCUAUGAAGAGAAGAUUCCACCAAAAAGUGAUCUACAUUAGACCAUUUGUAAAACUAUCGAAAACAGUCCACCUCGGAACUACAUCUACACAUAACACUGCCGAUGAUGAAACUAAUAACAGUGACGACUACGAGGAUAUGCAUGAAACUAAUGAGAUCACACCAUUUGACACUAUGCCAGUCGAACCGUCAAUGGUAACAAUCACCAUAUUUCUUGACAACGGCCAUACCACGUUGAAAACACCGGACGAUACAACUGAAACACAGACUUCCGUACCAAGACCUAGACAUAUUUAACGAAUACUAAAAGCAUCGUUAAAAGCAUACCUACCGCCUUAAGGUGUCUAGAGCAGGUUUUUUAACUACAGUUUUCCUGCAAACAACAACGAAAGUAAAGUGAAAUACCAAAACAAGAAGCAUAGACAAUCACAGCAAAAUGUUGCGAAAUGUAUAAAAUGUUGGAUGAAAAUUAAUAAU